AUGGUUUCAAGCGACGGAGGUGAGGCUGGAGGUGACGGAGGUGGAGGUGGAGGGGGCGUUGGAGGUGGAUUUGCCGGUGAUAGAAAUAAUGAAGGUGGACAUGGAGGUGGUAAUUAUGGAGGGGGCGAGCGGCAUGGAGGUGGAGGUGGAGGUGGUGAUGAUGAAAGUGACGACGAAGCGGAGCUGAAGGAGGUGAAGGUGGAGGUGGAGGCAGUGAAGGUGGUGGGGUUGGUGAAGAUGAGGUUGUUAGAAAAAGGUGGAGGUGGUGGUGGUGAUAACGGAGGUGACGGCGGAAGCGGGCUGAAGGAGGUGGAGGCAGAGGCGGAGGUGGAGAUGCGGUUGUUAGAGAAAUUAGUGAGAGGAGCUAUUGAGAAUUUUGUUAUUAAGAGAACAGACACUUCAGGAAAAGAACAAGCAAACAUAAAUUUGGAGGGUUCGGCAGCGGGUAAUGAUGAAAAUUUGGUGGAUUUAGGUCUAGAAAAAGAGGAUGUUAACAUCUUGAGCGAGAAUGAAAAGGAACCUGAUUUGUCUAACAAUGAAAAUACAGUAGGAGAAGAGUCAAUUCCUCGUUUAAAGGAUAUAUAUGAUCCUAGAAAUUGGGAUAGUUUAAACAACAAGGAAAGGGAUAUUGAAGUUAAUGAAGAGGUUGUUGACAGAAAAUGGUUGAUUUACUGUAAACCAGUGGAUAAAUUGUACUGCUUUUGUUGUAAGUUGCUCAGUGCUCAUCAUAUGAAAAGUUCUUUGGCAAAUGAAGGAUUAAGAGAUUGGAAACAUUUAAGUGAGAAACUUAAACAACAUGAAAAUAGUGUUGAGCAUAUGUCUAAUAUGAAUAAGUGGAGUGAACUAAAAAUGAGAUUGGCUACAAAUCAAACCAUUGACAAAGAUCUUCAACAAGAAAUAUCAAAGGAAAAAGAACGGUGGAAACAAGUGUUAAUCAGAAUAGUUUCCGUUGUGAAAUGUCUGGCUAAAAAUAACUUGGCUUUUAGAGGAUCGAAUGAGAAGCUUUUUCAGGAAAGUAAUGGUAAUUUUUUGGGAUUGGUUGAGAUGAUUUCAGAAUUUGAUUUGGUCAUGCAAGAUCAUGUUAGACGCAUUCAAAAUCAUGAGAUACAUCAUCAUUAUCUUGGUCAUAAAAUACAGAAUGAGUUGAUUUCUCUUUUGGCUAGUAGUGUUAAAACUUAUAUUCUGUCUAUCAUUAAAGAGGCUAAAUAUUUCUCCAUUAUUCUUGAUUGUACACCUGAUGUGAGUCAUCAAGAACAAAUGACUUUAAUUGUACGAUGUGUGAGCAUGUCAAGUAAAAAGAUAAAAAUAGAAGAGUUCUUCUUAGAGUUCUUAAAGGUGGAUGACACAUCCGGAUCAGGCUUAUUUGACGAAUUGUUAAAUGCUUUAAAGUCUUUUGAUCUUAAUAUUAAUGAUUUAAGAGGUCAGGGUUAUGACAAUGGUUCCAAUAUGAAAGGAAAACAUCAGGGUGUUCAGAAACGAAUUCUUGACAUAAAUCCAAGAGCCUUAUAUAUGCCAUGUGCUUGUCAUAGUCUCAAUCUUACUCUCUGUGAUGCUGCUAAUUCUUGUGUUAGAGCUAUUUCAUUUUUUGGAGUUGUGCAACGUGUAUAUACAUUGUUUUCAAGUUCUCCUAAAAGAUGGAAGGUUUUACUUGAUAAUGUUCCAAGCUUGACUGUGAAAUCUUUAUGCAAUACUCGUUGGGAAAGUCGUAUAAAGAGUGUAAAAGCUAUUAGAUUUCAAGCUCCUCAAAUCAGGUUGGCUCUAUUAGAAUUAAGGGACAACUCUAAUGAUCCCAAGUCCGUUAGUGAAGCAGAGAGUUUGAUUGGUUUACUUGAAAAUUUUGAAUUCUUACUUGGCAUGGUUAUUUGGUAUGACAUUUUGUUUUCCAUUAACAUGGUGAGUAAGAAAUUGCAAUCUAAAUCUAUGUGCCUUGGUGCUACAAUGAAACAAUUGGAAAGUGUGAUGUUAUUUUUCGACAAGUAUAGAGAAGAAGGGUUUGUUUCUAGCAUGAAUGUCGCUAAAGAUCUUGCAGUUGAAAUGGAUGUUGAGCCUUGUUUUCCUAUAAAACGCCGUGUAUUAAGAAAAAAGAAAUUUGAUGAAAAUGAUCACAAUGAAGAAUUAAAAUCAGCUGAAGAGUCUUUUAGAAUUGAUUUUUUCUUGCGAUUGGUUGAUGUUGCAGUUACUUCUUUAAACAGUCGCUCUGAGCAGUUAAAGAUAUUUGAAGGCGUUUUUGGAUUUCUGUUUGAUUCACCAACCUUAAAGUCUUUAGAUCAUGAUGAAUUGAAGAAGCACUGCAGUAAUUUGGUAUCUACUUUCUCCCAUAAUGGCUUGUCGGAUUUUGAAUUGGGGGCUCUUGUACAAGAAUUAGAAACGUUGCAAGUUUAUGUGCCUGAUGAUUUAAUGUCUCCAAUUGAGAUUCUUGAGUUUGUCAAAUCCCUGGACUGUUUUCCGAAUGUUGCAAUUGCUUAUCGAAUCUUACUAUCAAUACCUAUGAGUGUAGCAUCAGCUGAAAGAAGUUUUUCCAAGCUAAAGUUGUAG